GCUGAUCCGAAUAGAAAAACACAAACGCCAUCUUUAACCGACAAACUCCCACCGAGGCAGAGUGUUUGUGAACCGAAUUGAGGUCAGACGCCCCGAAACCCCGCAGAAGGCCCGCGGACAGCCUCGCUUGGACAGCCCGCAGUGAGUGUUUGCUGACUCCCGGUCACUCGGCGCCGUCGUAUGGUCCAAUGUGCUUGAUCGGCCGGCCAGCUCGAACGCAGUUUUCCUCUUGUGUCGGUCCCGGUUGAGUUACCGCCUCUAAAUAAAUAAACAGACCACGGUGGAGCUGAAAGCCAGGAUGAAACGAAGUCUCCAGGAGAACGAGCGGGAGGACGGAGGAGGCCCCAGCCCCGGGUCUCAGAAAACUUACAAAUGGACGAGCAAGCAGAGGAGAGAGGAGGAAGAGGAGGAGGAGGAGGAGGGCAGCUGGGAGCGUUUGCCCCAGGAGAUCCUGCUGCACAUUUUCCAGUACCUACCUCUGCUGGACAGGGCUUUUGCUUCACAGGUUUGCCGAGGAUGGAACCAGGCCUUCCACAUGCCAGAGCUGUGGCGCUGCUUCGAGUUCGAGUUGAACCAGCCAGCCAGCUCCUACCUGAAGGCCACGCACCCAGACCUCAUCAAACAGAUCAUCAAAAAGCACUCCAACCACCUUCAGUACGUCAGCUUCAAGGUGGACAGCAGCAGGGAGUCGGCAGAGGCGGCGUGUGACAUCCUCUCGCAGCUCGUGAACUGUUCUCUGAAAACUCUGGGRCUCAUCUCCACGGCCAGACCCAGCUUCAUGGAGAUGCCCAAGUCGCACUUCAUCUCUGCUCUGACGGUGGUUUUUGUCAACUCCAAGUCCCUGUCCUCCCUGAAGAUCGAUGACACCCCAGUGGACGACCCCUCCCUCAAAGUCCUGGUGGCGAACAACAGCGACACGCUCAAGCUGCUGAAAAUGAGCAGCUGCCCUCACGUCUCACCUGCAGGCAUCAUGUGCGUCGCCGAUCAGUGCCACGGCCUGAGGGAACUGGCCCUCAACUACCACCUGCUGAGCGACGAGCUCCUCAUCGCGCUCUCCUCGGAGAGGCACGUCCACCUGGAGCACCUGCGCAUCGACGUGGUGAGCGAGAACCCCGGCCAGCAGUUCCACACCAUCAAGAAGAGCAGCUGGGACGCCAUGGUCCGCCACUCCCCCAAGUUCAGCCUGGUCAUGUACUUCUUCCUCUACGAGGAGGAGUUCGACCCGUUCUUCCGCGACGAGAUCCCCGUCACGCACCUGUACUUCGGCCGCUCCGUCAGCAAGGACGUGCUGGGCCGCGUGGGGCUGCACUGCCCGCGCCUGGUGGAGCUGGUGGUGUGCGCCAACGGGCUGCGGCCGCUGGACGAGGAGCUCAUCCGCAUCGCCCAGCGCUGCACGCAGCUGUCCGCCAUCGGCCUGGGCGAGUGCGAGGUGUCCUGCAGCGCCUUCGUGGAGUUCGUGAAGAUGUGCGGCGGCCGGCUGACGCAGCUGUCCAUCAUGGAGGAGGUGCUGGUCCCAGAUCACCGCUACGAGCUGGACGACAUCCACUGGGAGGUGUCCAAGCAUCUGGGGCGCGUCUGGUUCCCGGACAUGAUGCCCACGUGGUGAAGCUGUGUGUGUGUGUGUGUGUGUGUGUGUGUGUGUAAUAGGAUUUCAAACCAAUGAAACUGCGCUCAAAUAUAAACUAGAGUUGGGCAAUAUUGGCAAAAAAAA